GUUUGCCGCUCCAGUAGCUUCCAAUUCCCCUCCGCUGCCUCUAGAAGAAGCCCGAUUAAAACCCUACUCGCUCCGCCCUCGCCGUCUCCCCGUUCUUCUCCUUCUUCCUGUCUCUCGAGAAGGGAUCUCGUGGUUUUUCUUGGAGGAAUCGAAGAUGUCGCUCCGCGUGCUGAAUCCGAACGCCGAGGUCCUAAACAAGUCGGCAGCGCUCCACAUGAACAUCAACGCCGCCAAGGGCCUUCAGGACGUCCUCAAGACCAACCUCGGUCCCAAGGGCACCAUCAAGAUGCUUGUUGGAGGAGCGGGGGACAUCAAGCUCACUAAAGAUGGGAACACCCUCUUGAAGGAAAUGCAAAUCCAAAACCCGACGGCCAUCAUGAUUGCGAGGACGGCGGUUGCUCAGGACGACACCAGCGGCGACGGCACAACCUCCACCGUGCUUUUCAUUGGGGAGCUCAUGAAGCAGUCGGAGCGCUACAUUGAUGAAGGGAUGCAUCCACGGGUAUUGGUUGAUGGGUUCGAAAUUGCAAAAAGAGCAACUCUUGAAUUUCUCGAGAAGUUUAAGACACCUGUUGUGAUGGGUGAGAUGCCUGAUAAAGAAAUCUUGAAAAUGAUAGCAAGAACAACUCUUAGGACGAAGUUAUAUGAAGCAUUGGCUGAUCAGCUGACUGAUAUUGUUGUUAAUGCGGUGCUCUGUAUACGCAAGCCUGAUCAACCAAUUGAUCUGUUUAUGGUGGAGAUAAUGCACAUGCGUCAUAAGUUUGAUGUUGACACACGAUUGGUUGAAGGUCUUGUCCUUGAUCAUGGUUCCCGCCAUCCUGAUAUGAAGCGAAGGGCAGAGAAUUGUUAUAUCCUGACAUGCAAUGUAUCUUUGGAGUAUGAGAAAAGUGAAAUAAAUGCAGGGUUCUUCUACUCCAACGCAGAGCAGAGAGAAAAAAUGGUUGCUGCUGAAAGGCGUCAAGUUGAUGAGCGAGUUAAGAAAAUCAUUGAACUAAAGAACAAAGUUUGUGCUGGCAAUGACAAUAACUUCGUUGUGAUUAAUCAGAAGGGGAUUGAUCCUCCAUCUCUGGACCUCCUAGCUAGGGCAGGGAUAAUUGCCCUUCGAAGGGCAAAGAGGAGGAAUAUGGAAAGGCUGGUGUUAGCUUGUGGUGGGGAGGCUGUUAAUUCUGUUGAGGACUUGACUGAGGAUUGCCUUGGCUGGGCUGGGCUUGUUUAUGAGCAUAUCCUUGGUGAAGAGAAGUACACCUUUGUGGAGAAUGUGAAAAAUCCUCACUCUUGUACUAUCUUGAUUAAAGGGCCUAAUGAUCAUACCAUAGCUCAAAUCAAGGAUGCUGUUCGUGAUGGUCUCAGAUCUGUUAAGAAUACAAUUGAGGAUGAAGCUGUUAUCAUGGGUGCAGGUGCUUUUGAGGUUGCAGCCAGGCAGCAUCUGGUCAACAAUGUAAAGAAAACCGUUCAAGGGCGUGCACAGCUUGGUGUGGAAGCAUUUGCUGAUGCACUUCUAGUUGUGCCCAAGACAUUAGCAGAAAACUCUGGCCUGGACACACAAGAUGUCAUCAUUGCUCUCACGGGUGAACACGAUAGAGGCAACAUUGUGGGUUUGAACCAUCACACUGGAGAGCCAAUUGAUCCCCAGAUGGAGGGUAUCUUCGAUAACUAUUCGGUGAAACGCCAAAUCAUAAACUCUGGACCUGUCAUCGCAUCCCAGUUGCUGCUCGUAGAUGAAGUGAUUCGAGCUGGUCGCAACAUGAGGAAACCUAGUUAACCACUGUCUCCAUGGAUUGUGUUUCAAACGGUGUUUUUUCUUUUUCUUUUUUUUCCCUUAAUGUGAUCAGAUCAUCAGGCUGCGUAUGAAGAUGAGUGUGAGAGCACUAGCAAACUGUUCAUUACUUUUGUCUUCUUUUUCUUCCAUUUGAAACAUCCAUGCGCUUUUUCAGAAGGCUAUUUUGUUGUUAAAUUAUCAAGAAUUAUGACUUAUCAAUGGUAGCAGUGCUAGACGAAGUUGUGUUUUCUUGAA